AUAAACUGUUUGACAGUUUCAAAUUCUAAUAACGAGUAAUUGUUAACUGAAAAACUCCAUAAAAUGAAUGAAACUGAACAAACGGAACGUUCUCGAUGAAUGAUUCUGAUUUUCCGUCCAACUCUCCUCCUUGUGUUUACCUUCGUCAGAUUAGCCGCCUUGUUUAUAUUUUACGAUUGUCGUUUAUCAUUUGAAGAAGAUUUUGUGCUAGUAAUUGUCAACAAUAAAAAUUAUCAACUAUCUAAAAGUUUUGGAUUUAAUCUUCAAUCGAUUCUCUUAAUUCUUUAUUUCUCUUAUCGACUCCUGAUAAAAAGUUGUAGCGGAAGAUGAUGUCAGGGGGAGGACAAUUGUGAAAAAUUAAGUUUUGUUUUUUUAUUUUAAGAAAGAAUGGAUCGUGUUUGCGAAUCAAAAUUUUGGGAUCCCUCCUUAACAUGGAACACUACAGUACCACUUUUUACACCAUGUUUCUUGAAAGUUGGUUUAAUAUGGGCGCCUGUCGCAUUUUUUUGGCUGUUCAUUCCCUUAGAAAUUUAUUUUAUCUCAAGUACGAAAAAGAAAUUGAUUCCGUGGUCUGUUCUCAACAUUUCAAAAUUGGUGAUAAUUUUUUUAAUGAUGGCUCUCACAAUUGGUGACAUGUCUUAUCAAAUGGUACAAUUUUCAAAGACAGGCCAUGUUGCACCUUUUGAGUAUUACACUCCAUUUCUUCUUUUUCUGACACUGGCUGCGAAUGCUUUUGUAACACUAUAUCAACGAAAAAAAGGAAGGAUCACUUCUGCCGUAUUAUCACUGUUUUGGCUUUUCGCUUGCAUUGGAACUGCUGUUGGUUAUUACACUUCAUUGCAAAAACUUUAUAAUGAGAAUCUUAAUUUUGAUGCAGAGUUUGAACAGUAUCCUUUUACAAUGUAUGUGCUGUACUUUGCCUUUUCGUUUACUCUAUUCGUGUUUCAUGGUUUUGCAGAUCUGAAAGAAAAAACUAGCGAAAGAGAAUCUCCUGAGGAAAAGGCAUCUUUUUGGUCUCAAAUAACCUUCUUUUGGUUUAAUCCCAUGGCUGCUUUAGGCUACAGGAAACCUUUGACUGCAGAUGAUAUGUGGGAUCUUCCAGAAGAAAAUACUUCGAAGUACUUACAAGCAGAAUUUGACAAAUAUUGGCUACCUUUGGUUAAUAAAGUCUUAAAUCAUCAAAAAAAAGUAAAGACACAACUCUCUAGAAGAUAUUCAGAAAUGCCCACUGAUGACAAUGAAUGCAAAGUGACUAUUUCACCUGAUGAAUUGGAUAAAGAACUACCAAAACUCAGUAUUUUAAAACCUAUUCUUAAAGUAUUUGGAUGGCAGCUAUUUUUUACAGGAUCAUUGAAAUUCUUUUCUAGUCUUAUCACAUUUGUGAAUCCUUUAAUUUUGGAUAAAGUUAUUGCCUUUGUUGGAAGCAAUGAUCCUUAUUGGAUGGGAGUGGUCUAUGCUAUUGGAAUGUUUCUCUCCUCAAUGCUGGAAUCUUUUUUGAACGGUCAAUAUGAAUAUAGAAUUUAUAUCAUAGCCAUGAGAAUAAGAUCCUGUGUCAUUUCAGUUGUAUAUAAAAAGGCUUUGACUCUUUCAAACUCGGCCAGGAAGAAUUUCACUGUGGGUGAAGUAGUAAAUUUAAUGUCUGUUGAUACCCAAAGAGUGAUGGAUUAUGUUCAGAUGGUUAACUAUCUGUGGUCUGCUCCCCUUCAAAUUGGUGUCGCUAUCUAUCUCUUAUGGCAACAAUUAGGAAUUGCUACUUUAGGUGGCUUAAGUGUAAUGAUACUCAUGAUACCUCUCAAUGGCACUAUUAGUGUUUUCAUUCGAAACUUUCAAGUAAGCUUGAUGAAAGAAAAAGAUAUAAGAACUAAAUUGAUGAAUGAGAUUAUGAAUGGUAUUAAAGUUCUGAAAUUGUAUGCAUGGGAAAAUUCUUUCAUUAAAGAAGUGAUGAAGAUAAGAAACAGAGAAGUAGAUAGUUUGAGGGCGCAAGCUUAUUUGAAUGGUGCCAUCACUUUUGUAUUUUCAUCCGCUCCAUUUCUAGUCUCUCUGGCUAGCUUCGCUGCGUAUGUUUUGAUUGAUUCUAAUAAUGUAUUAGAUGCUAAUAAGGCUUUUGUUUCUCUGUCAUUAUUCAACAUUCUUCGGCUUCCAACAGCUUUCCUCCCCAUGAUUAUCACAUAUACUGCUAUGUUUGUAGUAUCCCUGAAAAGAAUAAACAAGUACUUACAAGGUGAUGAAUUGGAUAAGAGUAUUAUUGAACAUAAUCAAUCUGAAAGGGAUCCUGUUGUUAUUGAGAAUGGCACAUUCUCUUGGACAAAGUCUGAUCCUCCUACCCUCACUAAUUUGAACUUUAGUGUGAAAGAAGGAUCAUUGGUUGCUGUUGUUGGACAGGUUGGUGCAGGAAAAUCUUCACUUUUGUCUGCUCUACUUGGUGACAUGGUUAAGUGGUGUGGAAGAAUUAAUGUAAAGGGAAGUAUUGCAUAUGUGCCACAGCAAGCCUGGAUUCAAAAUGCCACCCUUAGAAAGAAUGUUCUUUUUACUAAGCGAUACGAUGAGCCAUGGUAUAAACGUGUAUUGGAGGCUUGUGCUCUUGCUCAAGAUUUAGAAAUUUUGCCAGGAGGGGAUCAAACUGAGAUAGGAGAAAAAGGUAUCAAUCUUAGUGGUGGACAGAAACAAAGAGUAAGCUUAGCUAGAGCUGUCUAUAAUGAUGCUGACAUAUAUUACUUGGAUGAUCCACUCAGUGCUGUUGAUGCUCAUGUUGGGAAACAUAUAUUUGAGGAGGUUAUUGGACCAAAAGGAGUUCUUAAGAAAAAGACUAGAAUUCUUGUCACACAUCGAAUAAGUGUCUUGCCAGAGGUAGAUACAAUAGUAGUUCUCCAAAAUGGCAAAGUUUCUGAGAUAGGCUCAUACAGUGAACUUUUAGCAAAGAAAGGAGCUUUUGCUGAUUUUCUCAUUCAAUAUUUACAAGAAAAUGCUGAAGAAGCUGUUGAGGAAAUGCCACUCGAUGAAUUGAAUUUAAUGCAAGAAAUAGCUGCUACCAUAGGAGUACCACCUGAAGUUACAAGACAACUGUCAAAACUAAGUGAUGGAACUGAUUCAGAUACAGCUAGCCCUGCAAAAUCUGAAAGAUCUCCUUCAAUAAUAGGGUCUGGAGAUGGUCUGCGUAAAAGAGCUAAAAGUUGGAAAGAGUCUUAUCAUCGGAGAGCCAGUAAAAAAUCUGUUGUAGAAAAGCCUAAAACUGGAACCAGGCUCACAGAAAAGGAAGGAAUGGAAGUUGGAUCUGUUAAAGCAUCUGUGUAUGUCGAUUACAUGAAAUCUUAUGGUUACUGGAACACAUUCUGGACAAUUUUGAGUUACACUUUGUCUACAGCAUUCAGUCUUGGAUCUAGUUUAUGGCUUUCUGCAUGGAGUGCAGAUGCUACUGACCCUGUGAAAAGUGUCGAUACAAAAUUACGUGAUUUACGUUUAGGUGUGUAUGGUGGACUGGGAGGUGGUGAAAUUGUUUUCACUAUAGUGACUGCCCUUCUCAUGAACCUUGCUUGUCUUCGAGCCUCAACAAUUCUUCACAAUGACAUGCUGAAUCACAUAAUGCAUGCCCCAAUGUCAUUUUUUGACACGACUCCUUUAGGAAGACUGUUAAACAGGUUCUCUAAAGACAUUGAUACAGCUGACGUCACUAUUCGAUUCAACAUAAGAAUGUUACUUAUUAUGUCAUUCAGAACUUUAGGUGCAGUCCUCAUAAUUUGCUUGGAAACGCCGAUAUUUAUUGUGGCUGCAAUUCCUCUUGGUAUUUUAUAUUAUUUCCUGCAGAAAUUCUACAUACCAACUUCUCGGCAGCUGAAGAGAUUAGAGUCGACCACUCGUUCUCCUGUUUAUUCCCAUUUUUCAGAGACUGUUACAGGGGCCACUUGUAUUAGAGCUUUUAGAGCAGAUCAGCAGUUUAUGACCCAUUCAAACAACCUAGUAGAUAUCAAUAAUGAAUCCUAUUAUCCAAGUCUUGGAGCUAGCAGGUGGUUGGCUAUUUAUUUAGAGUUUCUUGGAUAUACAGUUGUUUUCUUAGCUGCUCUUUUUGCUAUUUUGGCAAGAGAUACUUUGAGUCCAGGUAUAGCUGGGUUAUCAGUCAGUUAUGCUCUACAGAUGACUGGCCAAUUAAACAUGCUUGUUAGGGCCACAGCUGAUGUUGAGACUAACAUUGUUUCUGUUGAGAGAUGUUUAGAAUAUACCAAAACUCCAGUAGAAGCUGAUUGGAAAAAUGAAAAAAAUAAACCUGAUCCAUCAUGGCCUUCAGAUGGACAUAUUAAGUUUGAACAGUAUGCCACGAGAUACAGAGAAGGAUUGGAAUUAGUUUUAAAAGGAAUUUCAUGCAACAUUAAUCCAUCUGAAAGGUGUGGCAUUGUAGGACGAACAGGUGCAGGAAAAUCAUCCUUGACUCUAGCUUUGUUUCGCAUUGUUGAGGCUGCUGGUGGAAAAAUCCUUAUUGAUGGAGUAGAAAUUGCAAAACUUGGCCUCCAUGACUUGCGUUCUAAGUUGACAAUCAUUCCUCAGGAUCCAGUUCUUUUUACUGGUACAAUGAGAACAAAUCUUGAUCCGUUUGGCUCCUAUAGUGAUGAUGCUUUAUGGUUAGCUUUAGAACAAGCACAUCUGAAAGAUUUUGUUAGAUCUCUUGAAACAGGCUUAGAUCACGAAAUUUCAGAAGGCGGAGAAAAUCUAAGUGUUGGUCAAAGACAGUUAGUGUGCUUGGCCAGAGCAUUGCUACGUAAAAGCAGAGUUCUUGUUCUUGAUGAAGCAACUGCAGCUGUUGAUGUUGAAACAGAUGAGCUCAUACAAUCUACUAUCCGUACAAAAUUUACUGACUGCACAGUUUUAACCAUUGCACAUAGACUAAACACUAUCAUGGAUUAUGACAAGGUUAUUGUAUUAAGCAAAGGAGAAAUUGUAGAAAUGGAUUCACCAGAAAACCUUCUUAAAAAUGAGAAUUCUAUAUUCUAUAGUAUGGCAAAAGAUGCUGGACUUGUUUAAUUAAAAAAAAAACUCUCUUUAUGUACAUUGUGAUACUUUUAUAUUUAAAUAAAUUUUACAUCUAAACAGGCAAUAAGUCACCUAAAAUGCCUGUAAUGCUGCUAUACAGUAUUUCCUCUGCUUUUGAGUGUAUGUGAAAAAUUUAAAAUUGUACAACUACUUUGACUGCUCACAUUCUACACAGAGCUGAUUUUGAUUUUUUAAAACUUGCGGUUCUUAUAAACUUUUCUAAAUAAAAAUAAAUAUCUAUUUCCCAGUUGCAUGAUAUUUAUCUUUUUAAAUGAUGCAUAAACUUAAUGAGUUCGGUCUAGUUUAAAAAAUUAAACAAAAGGAAAUCAAAAUAUUUUUGUAAGAUCUAAAUAUUUUUGUAUUUUCGAACAUAAAUAUUUUGAAAGGAAAACUUUUGAGUUGUCUUUAGAUGUAAUUAAAUUAUUUCUUAUUGACUACUUAUUUACUUUUUUUUCAAUAUAUAAAUAGGUUUUAUUUUUAAAAAAAUAUUUGAAACUCUUUCAAACUUGUUUAAUUUGUGACUAGAAAUAUAUUUGAGUAUAUUUUGUUUUAUUCUUACUAUUCUUUGAAGAAAAUCGUUGAUUUUUGAUUCUUGAGUUGUUGAAUUUUAUGAAGUUUUAGAUGUAUAAGCUGUCAUUUGCACUUAGAAUUAAUAUAUAUCCUAACUUAAUAUUAAUUAGCUAGCUAACUCCCAGUUUUAUUUGAUGUCAGAGUCUGUCUCUUGCAGCUUACUUAGACUCAGUGCCAAAUAUUGUUGUUAGAAUGAUAUAAUUAACAGUUAUAGUAAGUAUUUAUUGUGUACAAUAUUUCAAUUUUACUUUAGGAAAUUUAAUAAUUAUUAUUAUAUUAAGUUGAACAAUUUACUUACUUAGAUUCUUAAAUUAUAUGAUUAAUAUAGCAAUUUAAUAUAAAAACAUGUAUGUAAUUCAAAGUUACACAAAAUUAAACUACUUAAAAUUGCUUCUUUUUUUUUUCAAUACAAAGUUUAUUUAAAAUUUUGUAAACCAUGUGAAGAAUUUACUAAUGUAGAAUUAAAAACGUUAAAUAAAAGAGAAAUAAUAUAUUUGAGUACAGUAGAUAUUUGAGUUAUGCAACUGUUUAAUUCCAUUUUAAGAAAUUUAAUAAUUAUUAUAUUGAGUUCAGCAAUUUACUUACUUAGGUUCUUAAAUUAUGUGACUGAUAUUUGGAAAUGUAACAAUUUAAUGUAAAAGCAUGUGUUUAGUCAUAAUUCAAAGUUUAUUUAAAAUUUAUGAAGUCGUGUAAAGAAUUUACAAAUGUAAAAUUAAAAACUUCAAAUCAAAGAAAAAUAAUAAAGUAGUUUAAACCCUUUGCCUUCCUUUGAGUAUUCUGAUCUUUCCAAACUUCAGCUGAUUGCUUUACUGCUACACAAACUUGUUUCCCCAAACUAUGAGAUAGAAGUGCUUAGUAGGGAAAAUUUGUAGCAAGUCGUAAUGUUUGGAGAAUUGUUUUGAAAAAUAUUUGUUAUAAAUAAAUUUCAUUGAAAAAAAAUUAUUUUAUUAAAAAGAUCUUUCUCUCUUUUUAAUUUAUGCAAAUUGUUAUCAUAAUUCCACCUUGUUUUUUAAUAAUGUAAAUGUACUUUAUAUUAUAUGGUUGCACAACCUUUUUGAAAACAAAGACCACAAAUAAAAAUUUGCUUAAAAAUGUAGAAAACUUUUAGUUUUUUAAACUUUAAAUUAAUAGUUCUACAUUUUGAAAGACUUAAAUCAAAUAAUUACAUUUUUUUUCUCCAAUUUUAUUGAAAUUAAUCUUAAAAAUAGUUUUAAAAAUUUUUAUAUAACUUUUUCAUGGUUGCUACUCUAUGGGGAGAAUGGGGAAAACCUGGAAUAUAAGGCAAUUUAAAAAUCAUCUGAAAUAACAGAAAAUAUGCAGAGAAUUUUUAAUUUUUCCUUGCAAACUGGGAAAAUGCAGGGAAUUCGGAAUUUUUCCUUGCAAACUAGGAAAAUACAGGGAACUUUUUUUCUUAUUUGUUUUUUUUUUUUUAAAAAAUGCCUACCUUUCAAAGUGCAAUCUAUGCGGUAUUGUUCAGCUUUACUAUCUCAUUUUUAUAGUAUUAUUUGUUAUAUGUAUGUGAAGCUGUUUCUUAUUUCUUAAAACUAGUUUAGUUACCCUAAUAUAGCUCACACAAGAGCACAGUAAUUGUGUUUCCUCUUAAUGUAUUGUGUAUAGGAAAAUCACUUGGAAUUUUUUUGCCAGAUUUGAGUGGCAACCCUGUUUUUAACGGUUAAUUUUUAGCUGCUAGUUAGGGUCUGCACAUUAAUCACUUGAGGGCUGCAGGUUUUACACCCCAAUUGUAUUAAGUAUUGUAUUAUGAAAAUAUAGUUUUUAUGUAUGUGUGCUAGUUAUAACUGUUAAAAGUUAUGUUGCAGUUAAAUGUUAAAAUUUUCUCAUCUACAGUUUUGCCUUUCUUUCAGUGCCUGAAGCUACAAAGCUCACUUAAAAACAAUACAUCGCUCAAUAACAUAAUGUUAUUUUCUUAUGAUUUAUUAUAGACUGUUUCAUUUUACUAGGGACUUAAAUAAUCAUUUUAUGUCUUGUAAAUAUCGUAUGAAAUUUUAUUUAUGCUUUGGACUGUGUUAUUUUUUUUUUAAAGUUUAUUUUAAAUGUAAUUUGUACAUAUAGUCCAUUUUCGACGGAUAUCUUUUAGCGUUUUGUAAGUUAUACUUAAAAUUUUUAGCUUGUACUUUAUUAAGCAUUAAUAUAUUUGUUUAAAAAACUGUAUUUAAAUCCAUCCAUCAAUUUUUCUCAAACUGCGUGGCUUAAAAACGAAUCAUUUCAGUAUUGUUUUGUAAUUUUUGUAAAUUCAAAUAAAAAAAAUGUUAUUUCGAA